AGCUUUGUUUUUGACUUUUUGUUCGCCAUCGGUGACAACGGAUCACUGUGUAUCCAACGCCAGAUACCCAAGACUAUGCUGUAGACUAGCUUCAAUCAGUGAAUCGACUCUUGCAUCUACAUUGUAGCUUUAGCAUCGCCUCGACAGGCUCGAUUGCACAUUUGCUAUGACUUUUGCCAUCUGAUCACCUUCCUUUGCAAGACGUCAGCGCAAGUGAGCAGCGCGUCGUUGCAGGCAUACAAAGCGUCUGAAGCAUCCUCAUCAUUACCGACUUGAGCUCGAAACGCCGGCGCAGGCAGUCGCAGAUGUCUGAAGCGGACGAUCGUGCUCCGAAACGGUCCAGCAUAUCCUUCUCGCAACAACUACGGGCAUUAGGUGGACCCACAUGGGAAAUCGGCUGGCCCUUCGAUGCUGAUGGACUUAUGCGCGUGCUGCGACAGCUCGUCUACGCCGAACUGAUGGCUCACGGAAACCACUAUUUCCCAGCAGCACUCUUGGCGGAGCAAGGAAUUCAAUUGGACAAGGCCUUCUCGAAACAGCAAGGCAAUGUGGAAGAGGAUGAAUACAGCAAGUCUGCGCGCGGUCGCCCUUGUAGCCAUAUGUUCACGACAGACGAGACAGUCUACCGAUGUCGUGACUGCGGCUUAGACAAUACUUGUGUCAUGUGCGCGCGCUGUUACCGCGCUUCCGACCACACUGGCCAUGAUGUAACUCUUUCCAUCAAUGGCGGUCAUGGAGGCUGCUGUGACUGUGGUGAUCCAGAAGCUUGGAAUGCGGAGAUGAAGUGCUCUAUCCAUCAUUCAGAUGUUCAAGUGGAGCAGCACAAUCCUCCUGUCGACCCAGCGUUGAAGGAACACUUGCGGACGAUGGUGGUGGCCAUGCUCGACUUUUUGCUCAACACGUUUGAACAUGCCAAGGAAUCCGUCAUACCGCCUUCAGAAGCAGCCGUCUUGCAAGAUGCAGAGGCAAGCACAUUCAUCGGCGAAGAGUUUGAUGCGCACGCAGCCGAGACCCAUUUCGCCACGGUACUGUGGAACGAUGAAAAGCACAGUUUCGAAGAAGUCAUUGACCUUGUCAAGCGAUCAUGCAAGCGUACCCGGGCAUUUGGUAAAGAAGUGGCAGAUACAGUCGAUGCGCUUGGUCGCGCGGUUGUCUUUAGUGGGUCGUUGUCAGAAGCAGUGCGCAUCGCCACAGCCCUUGGACGAAUCAGACUUGGUGUUACAGUGCGAGCAUCACGCGAUGUCUUCCGUGAGCAAGUCAGCCAUGCUCUUCUUGAGAUUCUUCUCGACUUGGCUGGUCUCAGCAUUCUUGUGGGCGAUGAACGCAACAGCAUGGUCUUUUGCGAAAUCAUUUGUGAAGAGCUUUUGCAGGACUGGCAAGUGGGCGUUCCCAAAGGGGCACAGAUUGGGUCGAUGGAGCAGCCUCUGGAGGAUGAUCCAACAGACGACGAUGAUGAGGAUGAAGACGAUAUGGAAAAUGAUGAAUUGGAGGAAGCAAUCGAGCUUGGUGCCGAUAAUCUGCUGCAGGAAAUCGCUCGCAUGGAACCAGAUGAACGGGCUGAGAUCAUGGGUGUAGUCAAUGCAUCACGCGCUCGACAAGGUCUCGUUGUUGCUCAACCGGAUGUUACUGAGACACAAUCUGCUGAAGCGUACGAGCCAUUCUGUCCCCCUCAUUGGAGAAAUCAUCAGGCUCCUAGUCGCAUCCAGAAGUCUCGUCUUGCAAAACUCUUCCUUGUCGAUCUCCGUCUAUGGAAGAGCGCGCGGCUCUCUGUGCGUGAACUGUAUGUUUCAACUAUGAUUUCGAUUCCGCAAUUCAAGCGCCAGAUGGGCAUCACUUUUGCGACUAUCUACAAGACUCUGGCGGAGAUUUACCUGUUUGCGGAUCGCGACCCCGAGUCAUCCAUGAUCAUCUUUUCCGUUCAGCUCUUUACGGUACCUUCCAUCUCAGAGUGCUUGGUACGAGAACACGAAUUUUUCACAACGCUCUUGGCAGCCAUCUAUGCAUAUUUCACCACGAAGAAAAUUGGCUUUGCGCAUCAGGUUGACACAAAGAGCGUGAUAGCGAGCGAGAUUUAUUCGUUCCGCUCUCGUCGUCACUACCACCUCAUCAAUGAUCUACGCUACUUGCUGCAGACGAAGGGGAUUCAGCGACUCAUUCCCGGUAUGCGAGACGUACAGGAGCAGCUCUUUGAUUUCAUGUCCUUGUUUCAAGGCAUGAAUCCACAGAAGCAAGUCAUUGGAGAGCACGUUGAAUACGAGCCUGAAACUUGGAUCAAUGCUUUCAAUAUGAUGAUGCAGGUCGCAAAGCACGCGCAGUUGUUUGCCAAUACCUUUGCUCAUGCGACCAAGGAGCAGACACACGCUGCACUUCAGUCACUCUACGAACGAUUGCUAGCAUGGGCAUAUGGUGGCUCAGCAGACCGUAUGCCGCUCUUCGAGCCAGCAAUUGAUGCAAAUAGCUUCCAUCACCCGCUCCAUUGGCUUCUGGCAGGUCUUCUUGCACAAUAUGCGCAAUUAGGUGGCAACUUUGUCGUUCCACGACGAGAGUGUAAGGACGUCGAUAUUAUCAUGAGUUUUGUUGUGCGAACUGUGGAAUGGACGUGGGAGAUUCGGGCGGGUUACUGGGUGCGCAACGGUCAUUCAUUGCGAGCCCAACUCCAUCACUACACCGACGUCAGCUUCCGCGAGUACUGUUUCGAUCGGGAUAUGCAGUGCAUACAAUGGUAUUUUGCCAGCAUGCCGGCGACUGAUGAUCCUUAUGCUAUGACACAGCAAACUGACAAGCGGGUCAACAAUCUCUUUCAAGAAUUUCGACAUGUCUGUAAUGUUGGCCAGCUUCCAGCGGACGACAGCGAGCUGCAAAUGAUGGACCUCUUUGCUCAUUUCUUGAUUGUCAUCUUUUCAGAGCGCGGUUGGCUCGUGCAGAAAGACGGCCAGGACGAUCUUAUGCGUGUGCUGAGGCAUACUCUAGUCUUUGGACCUAUCACUUACAGCGAGGUCAGCAAAUUGCUCAUUGACGCAGAAGACGAUGAUCAGCAUAUCGACAGUGUGCUCAAUGAGCUAGCCCACUUCCGUGCGCCUAUCGGUCUCGAGGAUACUGGCAAAUUUGUACUCAAGGAGCAGGAAUACGCCAAAGUUGACCCUUACUUCUACCGCUAUACGCGUCAGCAAAUAGACGAGGUCAAAGAUGCUCUCGAAGAGAGAAAGUUUGUCAACGUCGUUCCUGAGCUCGAGCUACUUCCAGAUUCUUGGAAUGGUCUGCAGAAUUUCGCACUGACCAGAACGGUGCAGAUUUAUUUGACAGAGUACCUUAUUGGCUUGACCGCGUGUCCAGCUGCACAAGUGGCAUCAUUGGAGGGAGUAACGGACAAGUUCCUGCAGCUAAUUCUCCUCAUGCUACACGAAGACAUGAUGCGAGAUUCGCUAUUCCUGCCGCCACAGCUUCUUGAACAGGACUGGACGGUGUUCAAUUAUCUCACUGAAGCUCGGUUGCAUCUCAAUCCAUUGCUCAAAGCUCAUCACACAAAGCUUCUUUACAUCAAUAGUCUGCUUGGCGAGCUCGAUGCAUCGGAAACAGACUCAGAUCCCGGUGAUCCACCAUUGGAAGUGCCCCAAGAAGAUGAAGUGGCAAGGAAAAAGGCUCUCGCAAAAGCCCGACAGCUAAAGCUGCUUCAGGACAUGCAAGCCUCACAGAAUGCGUUCAUGGACCUGAACCAAGUAGACGAUGAUGAAGAGGAAGAAGACAUCAAAGCAGACGAUGCUUGGUAUUUUCCAAAAGGCAAUUGUCUGGUGUGCCAGCAAGAUUUGUCAUCGGCCAAGACUUAUGGAGUGCUCGGCUGCCUCCAUGAAACAAGGCUUGAUCGGUCGACUCCAAAGCCUGGCGGCACUCCAGGAGAUAGAUUCAAGCGGCCACUGAAGCUUGAUGAGUAUUUGGAGUGGGUGCCAGUAAGUGAACAUCAACCUACGGUUGCCAAGGACUCAAUCACGACGUGCGGUCAUCUCAUGCACUGGGAGUGCUACAAUACCUUUUAUGAGACCGUCAAGCAGCGUCAUUUGCGCUAUACACAACUUGGCCGCAACGUGACUGAGCGUAUUGAAUUCCGCUGUCCGUUGUGCCAAGCCACUGGCAACCUUUUCUUACCCAUCAUGGCUGAAUCUCGUGAUGUCUUGCCAGAAUUGCCAUCGAACGAGAUGGGCGAUUGGGAUCUUGAUCUUGGAUGGGCUGCCGAUCAGCUUGCGAAAGGUGUAACGAUUGAUUUGCUCAGGGAACGAUACGCGCUUCGCAAGGCUCGCCAGGAGGAGACAUUGGACAAGCCCACAUCCAUCAAUCCAGGUUCAUACACGCAAUACAUGGGAACGCUGACCAAAUGGUGCACGAAUCGGUCACAAGGAGAUCGAGGCAUUGACUCGAGUUCUCCAGUGAACUACUUGCAGCAGCUUCUGGUGUUUACGGCAACCAUCGUCGAUAUUGAGGUGGCACUUCGCGGUCGAACGCACAACGACAAUAAAGAAACACCGGUGGCGACACUCAUCGAAGGGCUUUCUGACAACAACGCAUUGUCCUUGCGUGCGCAAUGCAGCUUGAUUGAGAAGUUUCUUGCCCUCGGAUACUACUCUGUCGGCGCCAGUCCUGAUCCUCGGGCAGAAGACGGGGAUGAGCAUGCAGGCAACCCAAUCCAGAGACUCGAAGAAAUCCACAAGAGCCUCUUUGUACAGCCCGGCAUCAAUGGUGGAGGUGUUGUCGGCACGCCAAUUAUGGCACAAGAUGCUUUCAGUGUUCUUGUUGAGGUAACUAUGCUGCUGCGCGUGAAGAACUUCUCUUUCAAAGAAGUGCUUCGCGUUUUCUAUGCUGUCGAGCUCGUCAAGGUUCUGGCAUUCCAUAAAGAUGUCCUCGCACUCUCCGACAAGCACCCUGCCAACCGGAGGAAGGAGUUGCUCGAGGCUUAUGCACUUGCAUUCCUGCGCAAAGCAAGCAUUCUGGCUAGUACAGUGCUUGGUUUGGCGUUCCCCUUGGAGCGACCCGAUGGUCUGUCAGAGCUGGAUCAUUUGAGUUCCUUCCUGGGCGUUGGCACUGUCCUUGAAAUGAUCAAUUGGUCAGGGAAGAGCCUGGCGGCCCAUUGGAUUUUUCACUUUGAGCGUGUGGCUGUCGAGGCACCGACGGUCACGCUACUGCAUCUGUCGCAUCCUCUUCCCUUCACCUUGUCACCGCUGCCAAAAUCGCUGGAUACACUGCUCGAGUACUGUCAGAAGUAUGUUUGCCCCAAAUGCAAGACGACGCCGCCGCAGCCUGCUCUGUGCAUGCUUUGUGGCGAGUUUGUUUGCUUCCAAUCACACUGCUGCUGGGACGAUAAUUUAGCUGCUGGAGAAUGUACCACGCACCGUCGCAAGUGCGGAGGAGCGCUCGGCAUUUUUUUCAUCCCAAAGCGUUGUGUCAUGGUCUUUAUGCGGCAUGAACUUGGCAGUUUCGGAUCUGCUCCGUAUCUCGAUAUUCACGGCGAGACGGACCCUGAUAUGAAGCGAGGAAAACCGCAGUUCCUGAAUGAACGUCGCUAUGAUAUGGGUAUUGCUCAGCUGUAUACGCAACAUCAGAUUCCGACGUGGUUGGCCAAGAAGCUUGAUAUGAGCUCUACGGACUUUGGGAUUGGAGGGUGGAACACUUUGUAGGGAGUCUUAUACAUUUAGAUCAUAGCGAUAGCAUGAACACGCAUUAUUACCACUAUACAUAUAGCAGCUA